AUGACGGACGCAGUGAAAUCUGGCGCCUAUCCCUCGAUGGAAUGGCCUUCCUCACUCGACAUCCCUUUAAAAGCGUCCGAAGAAGUGGUUAGCAUCGAUCUUGAGACAGACUUACCAGACGAUCCUGCAGAUUUGAAGACUUUGCUGGUAGAAGAAGGGUCUGAUAAGGAACACUGGUUGACAAUUGCUAUUGCUUAUUGUAAUCAUGGUAAAACAGCCGAAGGUAUUAGACUUAUUGAGAUGGCUUUGGAAUCCUUUGGGACUACUGAAAACGCUGCUUUACAUACCUUUUUGACUUGGGGUCAUCUCAAGAUGGCCAAAGAACAUCCAUAUGAUGCUGAAGUGAAAGAACGCGAGCUUGUAGAAGCAGAAGUACACCUGAAAAGUGCCAUUGGGUUCGAUCCGACUUGGGUUGGGAAUAUGUUGGCCACAAUCGAUUUAUAUUACCAAAGAGGCCAUUAUGAUAGAGCUCUUGAAACCUGCGAACUGUUUGUUAAGAGCAUAUACGCAGAAGAUAGCCGAAACGGUAAGACAUCGAAACAAAACGCAUUCUUCUUGUUUUUGAGAGCUAAGUUAUUGUAUCAGAAGAAAAAUUAUGCUGCAAGCUUAAGAUCAUUCCAAGAACUGCUGGUAAUAAAUCCAGUGAUUCAACCAGAUCCUCGUAUUGGGAUCGGCCUUUGUUUUUGGCAAUUAAAGGAUUAUAAGAUUGCAAUUGCCUCCUGGAAAAGAGCCCAUGAAUUGAAUCCUAACAAUCAAAGCGCGGCGAUUUUAGUGCUACUAGGUGAUUUCCAUGAAUCUUUGGUUACUUCUGAAAAUGACACAGUUUUCCAAGAAACUUAUUCGAAAGUUUUACAAAACCUUAACGGGCUUUUCAGCGAAGAUAGAGAGAAUCCAGUCCUUUUGACGCUGCUAGAAGUUUACUUUUAUCUCAAAGGUGAUUACAAUAAGGUGAUUGACAUUUAUGAGUCAAAGAUAAAGGGAAUUUCCACCACGGUUACAAGCACGGUUUUAUCUGAAUCUUUGUUCUGGUGUGGAAGAGCUUAUUAUGCUCUUGAAGACUAUCGUAAAGCUUUCACAAUGUUCCAGCAAAGUCUUAAGCAAAACGAAGAUAACAUGCUGGCAAAAUUCGGUGUCGGUCAAACUCAAGUCAAAAAUAAACUAGUUGAAGAGAGUAUUCUCACUUUCGAAAAUUUGUACAAAAACCUCGAGAAUAUUCAAGAGCUAAAUUAUAUCCUUGGUUUGUUAUACGCUGCCAAAUGCUUUGACAAGCAAAGUACUAAGGUCUUGUCCAGAAAUGAGGCAUUGGCCCUUAAUGAAAAGGCAGUUCAAUUUCUGGAGAAAUAUGUCAAAUUGACAUCAUCUAAAAAAAAUCAGGUCGUUGUCCCUAGGGCUUACUUGACCCUCUCGGAGUUGUAUGAGGAUCAGAAUAAUUACAAACAAUCAUUGGAGUACUUAUCAAAAGCUUACGAACAGUUUAAAGCUCUAGGAUCAAAGAACAUUCCUCUUGAGCUGCUAAAUAACUUGGGUUGUUUCCAUUUCAUUAACGGAGACUUAACCAAAGCCCAUGAGUUCUUCGAAGACGCCAAGGCAAGAGUCGAGCAAAGUUCUGGGCUCACAAUAGAGUAUAAUGUCGCUAGGACUCUUGAGUCUGUUGACAAAUCUGAGUCCGAGAAUAUUUACAGCGGGAUACUCUCGAGUCAUCCAGGCUAUAUCGACGCCAGAAUGAGAAGUCUCUUACUGCGGUUUGUGCAAGAUGAGGCGGAUAUAUCCGCCAUCGAAAAUGCUGUCACCAAGUUUUAUAAAGAAAACGAUUCUAAUCUCGAGGUACGUUCAUUUUACAGUUGGUUUCUGAAAAAAGGCAAGAAAGAAAAGAGGAACGACAGUCUGGAAACCGCACACAACAAGGAAACUUUGACCAAGUACGACUCGCACGAUUUAUAUGCGCUUAUCUCCCUGGGGAAUCUUUACUCUGUUAUAGGCAGAGGCGAGAGAAAAUCAUCAAAACCAAAGGAGCAGGAAAAUGCCAAGCAGUCGUUUUUGAAAGCUGUGCAGUUAUUUCAAAAAGUCUUGCAGAUAGAUCCUUAUAACGUUUUCGCAGCACAAGGGAUUGCUAUCGUUUUUGCUGAGAAUAAACGUAUGGGACCAGCUUUAGAGAUCUUCAGGAAACUUCGCGACUCUCUUGAUAAUGAGGAUGUUUACUGUAAUAUAGCUCACUGCCUGUUGGAGAUGCAUGAGAACGCUAAAGCAGUUGAGACCUACGAAUACACCUUGAAGAGAUUCAGCAACGCGCAAAAUAGGUCGAGACUAUUGAACCUACUCGGCAAGGCCUGGUAUUCGAGAGGAGUGCGGGAAAAGUCAUAUGAGUUUUUCCAAAAAGCUUUAAAAAAUGCAGAGAUGGCAUUGAAAUGCGAAGAGGAUAAUAAAUCCUCCGAAAGAACCAUUGCAAGCUUUCAAUAUAAUGUCGCAUUGCUACAUUUCCAAAUUGCUGAGACCUUGAGAAGAGCCACAUUCAAGCAACGUAAAGUGGUAUAUAUCACGGAUGCGAUUAGCGGUUUACAAAGUGGAUUGGACAUCCUAAAAGAAUUGCAAAAAUCAAAGAAUUUCAACAUUAUACCUGAGGAAGAGUUAGAGCAACGUAUCCAACUGGGUGAGACUACAAUGAAGAGUGCUUUGGAACGUAUUGCUAAAGAGCAAGAAGAGUUUGAGUUGGAGCAAAGUAACAAGUUGGAUGAAGCACGUAAGAUUCUAGAAGAGAACGAGAUCGAGAGGCAGGAAAAGCAAAAGAAAGAGGAAGAGAUUCGCCAGAUGAAACUGGAGAAACAAAAGGAAGAGUACAGAAAAUUACAGGAUGAAGCUCAAAGACUGAUACAGGAGCGUGAGAGUAUGAUCACUGCGGAGGACGAGAAGGAUGAACUAAGCGAGAAUGAAGCCGAGAAUGGUGAAGAUGGUAAGAAGACAAAGAAGAAGAGAAAGGCAAAGAAACCGGCAGGUGAAAAGAAGAGAAGACGUAAGGACGAGCCUGCGGAACCGCCGAAGAAGGAAGAAGAGGACGACGAAGAAGAUGCCAAUGUGCAAUCUGGUCGCAGAAACAAGAAAAACGCCCUAUCGAACGAAUUCAUCGACGAUAGCGACGAGGAAGAAGCCGUGCCAAGCGGCGAAGAUGAAAACGACUUAUUUUGA